ACCUCGCCCCUCCCCUUAGCCUCGCGAGAACAGGAGGCCCCUCAGCCCCGGGUGACUCCUUGGCUAGGCGGUUACGGGAGCCCAGCCCGAGGGAGGAUGACCACAGCGGGUGGGCGGCUGUUGGCCGCGGCCGCGGCUCACUCGGGACGGGUAUGGCGGGGCGGGCCGCGCCUCACACCGGCCGUGUCGCUUGUGCCCUCCCGGAGCGCCACCGUUACUCGCAGCGGCGCCAUUUUGCCCAAGCCGGUUAAGACGCCCUUCGGUCUCCUCAGAGUGUUCAGCGUGGUGAUUCCCUUCCUGUAUGUUGGCACUCAGAUCAGUAAGAACUUCGCAGCCCUGCUUGAAGAACAUGAUAUCUUUGUCCCAGAGGAUGAUGACGACGAUGAUUAACGGAACUGAACAAUUUAAAAGCAUUCCAGAAUCCAUUGGAACAAAGUGUCUGGAGUAGCUGGGACCACUCAGAUUCAUUGGAUAAAGGAAGAGCAGAAAUUACUCACUUUCAUCUGCAGUGCAUUACACUUUCCACCAUUUUAUGUCAUUUCAUUUGGCUUGGCCUUGUGUAAAGAUUUGCGUUUGGGUGUAUUUGAUUCUUUAUAGAAUGAAGCUGUUUCAAAGAAGGUCUUGUAAAUAGUGUUGCUUUAUAACUGGUUUGGUGUAGUCCAUUUGAUAAAGGGAUUUUCCAGCACGCACCACACAGCUAAAACCAAAGAAAAUGUUGUAAAGACUGCAGUGACCUGUUAGAAACUCCUUCUAUGUAAACCCUAUUUGUGUGGUUCAGGGGGAGGGAGAGGUUCACUAGAGCUCAGUACCACGUAUCUGAAGAGUAAUGGCUUCUUAUUAUAUUUGCAGAAGUGUCACAGAAGAACAGAAGGGAGAAAGCCAUUGGCAAAGCAAUGGUUCCAGCA